CGACGUAAAAAAAACAAGUGCUCCCUGGCAGAUGCGGUGGGCGGGCCUUGAAGUGCGUGCGGUAAGCGGAUAGGCUGAGCGCAGCAGCGGCGGGCCGAGCUGUGAUUGGUUCGAAGUAGAGAGCGGAGCUGUCCGUCAGAGAGAGGCUCCGACCCUCGGGCUCACACUGCGGACUGCUCCGGGACCAGAACCCAACAGUCCUCUGGAUUAUUAAUUAAAGAUCAUCGUGUGAUCAGCGGAUCGAUCAGUGAUCGGUUUGGUUGUUGAUCUGGGAUGUCCCGGCUGCUGGAGAGCAGGAGACAGGACAGGAUGAAAGAAAUCAACCUGAAGAACAAGGAAAAGGAGCGUCUGAAGCAGCGAGAGAAGGAGGCGCGAGAGAGGGAGGCCAGACACAGCAAUGGUCACCUGUUCACCUCCCUGACCGUGUCCUCCACCACCCUCUGCUCCUCCUGCAACAGAAGCAUCACGGCCAAGGAGGCGCUCAGCUGCCCAGCCUGUAAUGUCACUAUCCACAACCGCUGCAGAGACAGUCUGGCCAGUUGUGCCAAGAUGAAACAGAAGCAACAGAAGCUAACGCUGGUGAGAAACAGUUCCGCUCUGCAGAACGUUGCUCUACGUACAAAAACUCCGAUGAUGAAGGAGCGUCCCAGCUCAGCCAUUUAUCCCUCCGACAGUCUUCGUCAGUCUCUGCUCGGCUCCAGACGGGUUCGCUCCGGCCUCUCGCUCGCAAAGAGUGUCUCCACCAAUAACAUCGCAGGGAUGACGGAGGACUCUGUGGGUCUCAGGAGGAUUUUGUCUCAGUCUACUGAGUCGUUGAACUUCAGGAGCAGGACUUUGUCGAUGGAGUCUCUGACUGAUGACGGUGAGUGGUGGUGGAGUCCCCUGCUGGAGGAGCUGCAGGUGGAGGGCAGCUGUGUUCAGGCCGACAGCUGGAGUCUCGUUGUGGAGCCAAACUUCCUGCAGACACUUCAUAAAGAUCUCAUCAAGCAACAGGACGUCAUAUAUGAGUUGAUCCAGACAGAGUUUCACCAUGUGCGGACGUUGCGGAUCAUGGAAGGGGUGUACCGGCGGGGGAUGCAGGAGGAGGUGAUGCUGGAGGCGGGAGUGGUUCACUCCAUCUUCCCCUGUCUGGACCAGCUGCUGGAGUGGCACUCAGGCUUCCUGUCAGAGCUGCUGAACAGGAGGAAGGAGGGUCUGGUGGAGGACAGCUCCACCAACUUCACUGUCCGCAGGAUUGGAGAACUGCUGCUCAGACAGUUUUCUGGUCAGUCUGCAGACGACAUGAAGAAACUUUACUCUGAAUUCUGCAGUCGACACCCGAAAGCUGUGAAACUCUACAAAGAAGUUUUAACUCGAGACCGAAGACUGCAGCAGUUCGUCAGGCGUGUCUGUCGUGGUCCUCUGCUGCGUCGUCAUGGUGUUCAGGAGUGCAUCCUGCUGGUGACACAGAGAAUCACAAAGUACCCCGUCCUUAUCCAGCGGAUCCUCGACAACACCAAAGGCAGUGAAGAGGAGGCACAGGCAUUGAGUCGGGCACUGCUCCUCCUGAAGGAGCUCAUCAGUUCCGUGGACAAGGAGGUGCUGGAACUGGACCGAACUAGGAGGCUGCAGGAGAUUCAGGCCCGUCUGGAUCCACGGGCCCAGGCGGAGGUCCAGGGAGGAGGAGUUUUUAGAGGAGGGGAGCUACUGAGGAGGAGGCUCCUCCAUGAGGGGACACUCCUCUGGAAGGUCCAGGGCUCCAGGAUGAAAGAUGUGCAGGUCCUGCUGAUGUCUGACAUCUUGGUCUUCCUUCAGGAGAAAGAUCAGAAGUUCACUUUUGCAUCACUGGACAAGUCUCCAGUGGUCUCUCUGAAUAACCUGAUCGUCAGAGACAUAGCCAAUCAGGAGCGAGGGAUGUACCUAAUCAGUGCCUCCACCCCUCCAGAGAUGUAUGAGCUGUAUGCUUCGUCCAAAGAUGACCGCAGGACCUGGAUGAGCCGGAUCCAGCAGACUUCCCUCAGUUGUCCGUCCAGAGACGAGUUUCCUCUGAUCGAGACUGAAGAUAAAGCUUUACUGCGCCGACUCAAAGCUGACAUCCAGCAGAAAGACAGGGAGGUGCUGGAGCUCCUGCAGGAGCGAGUUACUCUGUUUUCUGAUCUGGUGGAAGCAACAGGAAGAGGAGGAGGAGGAGAAGUGCUCAGCACCUCCUCCUUCAGGACCUCCUCGUGCAGCAGGAACCUGUUCAGAGCCGACACUCCUCACGCUCCUCAGGCGGAGCCACUCCUCAGCGCCUCCAUCGCUGAAGUCGACAAACUGAGUGAGCUGCUGCUCCAAUCCAAUGUCCAGAAAUCCUCUGUAACCAACGGCAACCAGGAGCUGAGCAAUGGUGAAUCUGGUUCUCUGAACGGUUCUUUGGAAAUUAACAGCAGCUCGUCAAAGAAACAGGACAGAAAUGGUAACCAGCUGCAAGAACGAAGUCUCAACGAGGAAGUCCGUCAGCGAUUGGUCAGUCUGAGCACUCAGCUCCACGCCCUGCAGGCUACUGUGAUUCGUCAGGACUCGAUCCUGGAGCUGUUACUCAGAACAUGUGCCACCCCCUCACCUACCCCUGGCUCCACCCCCUUGCCCCGCCUCAGUCGGUCAGUGUCACGGGACACAGGGCUGGACACGGGCGGGGAGGCGGUGCUGCUGCGGCGACAGGUAGAGCUUCUCCAGGAGGAAGUGACACGGAUGCGUCUGAGGAGGGAAGAGCCAACCAGAGAGAGAGUGGAGCCAGGCAGCAGGAAGACCAGUAAUGGAGAGAUCACUGAUGUUAUCAAGGAAGAAAAGCAGAUGAGCAGGAGGCGUGGCAGCAGGGAACUCGAGCCCCGCCCCCUUGCCCCAUUGGCCAGUCAGGAUCCAGUCGAUCAAUUAGAUGGCGUCCAGGAAGGAAAUGAGGAGGAGGAGGAGGAAGUGAUGAGGAUCUCCCCUCGCUCUGACAGCCCCAGAGACCUGCAAGACAUCCCAGAGGAGAGCGAGUGCGGAGCUGAACCCAGUUAACCUCACACCCUCACCUGCUGAUGUCACCGUGAUGUCACUGUCAGACAGCUGGAAACAAUGUCAUUUCCUGUUUGAUGUCAGCUGAAACGUUUUAUGAAUAUUGUUGUCAGGUUAGAAACAGGAAGUAGAACCAUGUGACCUGUUUACAUCAUCACGUUAGCUGGAGCCCGCCCCAUAUGCUGGAGUGGGCAGGUUUUGUGUCCAAGGGGGCGGGUUUAAAUUGUUAUAUCGGACUUUUUAAUAAGGCUGGGUAGAAUUUCUCACCACACUACAUUACCCAGAAUGCCUUUAGACAUCAACAGCUGCAGUCACUUCCUGCUGUGUUUGUGUGUGCGUGUGUGUAUGUGUUUCUGAGUGAGUGUGAGUGUGUGUGCGUGUGUGUUCAGUUCAAUUCAGUUAAAAACCUGUAUUUAACUUUAAACUAGUUUAACUUUAGAAACAUGAGAUUAUUCAGGACAUUAGUUUUCUGUCGUGUGUGAAACCAAAAACAAAUCUUUACAUUUCAAAGUUUACAGAAACGUUUUUUUUAAUAAAUUAAGACUUCAGCCACAAAACAAGUAAACAAAUGACUGAGCAGAAAGUUUAGUGUGUGUCAACAACAGACAAUAAAAUAAUUGAACUGUGGCGGUGGGGUGGGGGGGUACAGUAUUGAGUCGUAGCUGUCUGACUGAAACAUGACAUCAGUGCCAUCUGUUAGCAUGUUAGCAUGUAGCUCAGUGGUGUUUUAAAGAAACAGGAAGCUGUUUGACUGAAACAUGACAUCACUGCCGUAUGUUAGCAUGUUAGCAUGUAGCUCAGUGGUGUUAUAAAGAAGCAGGAAGCUGUCUGACUGAAACAUGACAUCACUGCUCUCUGUUAGCAUGUUUCUUCUCUACUCGUAUAGAAGCUGAAUGUACAGCGUUUUAUUUGUUGGUUUUAACAAAUCAGCUUGUUUGUGCAUGUUUUUUGUCGACUCUCUCUGAUGUUAUUUCAACCAAAACACUUUGAUCUACUGAGCAGAACUUUAUCGACAGACUGAUGGACGACAGCUGCUGCUGCUCAGUGUAAACUAAUUAUCUAAUUAUCAGAAUUGCAGAGGUAGAAGCUCUACAGAUAUUUGAUAUUCAUCAAUGAUGUGAAGACAAAACUAAGAUUAAGAUCACGUGAUACAAAAACAAUCUGAUAUCUAGACAAACAUGUCAAAGAGGAACUCAUGGCACUAAAGAGAGGAGAAAUAAUUGACGUUAAAGCUGCUUUAAGCCAUGUUAAACUAACUUCCUGUGCUUUUGCAGUCAGCAGUCCCCUCCUCUUGUUGGAGGCAGCUCACUUUGCCUCGUCCUUAUUUUCAUGCCAUCACCGGAAACACCGGAACUGGUAACUUUUCCUGUCGCUCCACUGCCAGUGUCGACACCAGAACAAGAGGAACAUUUAUUUAAUAAGAGAAACACUUACAGCAGCAUUAGAAAUGAAUGAUAUUUAAUAAUGUGAAACUUUAAGUUUUAAGUCAUGAAAGUCUUUUAUUGAUCACUUUUAAUGAGAUAGGAAGGUAUUUCAUCAUCAGAACUAACUUUAGUCUCUUUUACUCUAUUUUAAUGAAAAUGUAGAUUAAACUUCACUUAACAGAAUCCGAAUGAGAGCAAAAUGAUAAAGAUGUUUGUUGUAUCAUGUGAUUGUUAUGAUCUACCACAGUUUUCUUCUUCACAGACUGAACUGAACUUCUUCAGUGUGAAAUUUGAUGACUUGAACCAGUUUUCAUCUAUUUUAGAAGAACAUUUUUAUUAACGACAGCUGAGAGCUGACAGACCGAUCCAGGGUCAGUUUGUUGAAACCGAUCCAGGGUCAGAAACACAGCAGCUUCUUUUCUUCAUGUAUUUCUUUUCUUUCAUGUAUUAUGUCUGUAUAAAGAUUUGAUCAGAAAACUGUAAAUGAUGUUUCUUGUUGUUGUUGUUGUUUUUUGUGUGCUUGUUAUGAAUCUAAUCAGCUGGACAAAAUAUUGCUGUUUUUAUUUCUAAAGACUGAAAUCAUAAAAAACCUUCAUGUUAAACA